CAGCAAACGGACGACAGUUGGUGAAGACCUUUCGUAAUGUGUUAAAAUAUUCGUAGCUUUGGGCGCGGUUAUUGUCUGCAGAGAAUGCCUUCUCCACCUCCUGUGUCUCCGAAAUCUACCGGAGUUGUCUGUCAUUCUUCAGGCUUCUGAUUAUCCGGUGUUUGAGGGGCCUGCGUGAACCACCUAAUUCAAUUGUUGCUGGAGUUCACUCAAAGUGCUGGGGAUAGAGACCAUGGAUCACAAGUGGUGUGUUAUUCUGCUGCUUUGUGCACUUCUACAUUUGUCAACCAUGAGUCAGUUUGCAGAGUUAGAAGAAUAUGACCUCAAAAUGCCCGGCGUCCAAACUGAACAGGAAGAUGGUUAUGUCACAUUCUGGUACCCUGUCAUGAGCCCAGACCGAACGUUUUACGUAACAGACAUUAUUCCGAAACCUAAUCACUCAACUGCUCAUCACAUGAUACUGAUGGGAUGCACUGAGUCUGUUCGGCCUGGACCGGCAAGAAAACGAGCUGAACACAGUGGCGCUUGUUCAAUAUUGUAUGCUUGGGCACACAACGCGCCACCUUUACAUCUACCGGUUGGUGUUGGAAUUGCUGUGGGACCAUCGACCGCAAUCGGAUCUUUUAAGCUAGAACUCCAUUAUCUGCCGAAAGUUGACUAUCCAGACUACUCUGGUCUGACGCUUCGAUAUACAGUACAAAAUCAGCCGCGAGUGGUUGGCGUGUUUUUGAUGUUAAGUAACUGGGCUCUCAUCGAACCAGGACGGAAGAAUGUUACCGUGGAUAUCUCUUGUCGGGUCCCUGACGGCGUAUCCAUCACAUUAAUGGCGAUGCGUACUCACGCGCAUGACCUGAGUCGAGCUGUUGCUGGCUACCUACUCCCUCGGGGUCAACCACCAGCACAACUGCUUGGAAUGGGCAAUCCACAAUGGCCUCAGGCAUUCUAUUCACUGAAAAGUCUCAACGCCAACUUCAAUUCGAUUGAUAUAUCUUCCGGGGACAUCCUUCUAGCACGAUGUGUUUACGACAGUACCAGUCGCACCAGAGUGACACAAAUGGGUCAUACACACAGUGAUGAAAUGUGCAACCUAUACCUGCUAUAUCACACCAAUCUGCUUCCACCGGAGGAAGGUUUUUGUAUGGUGAAUGAAUUUAACGAACUGGCACAAAAGGUGAUGGACGAAAAUCCAGACAUGCCAUCAUCAACACCACCAAAGAUUGUGCGUGGCUCUGUUUCAGAUUUACUUGGGAGUUCCAGUGGUACAACUGCUCCGAAUAUAAGCCUUCCCCAAAUGCUGCGAUUGGACGGUCUACAAAUCGGUCAAUUAUCUGCAGUCGCAACCGCAAACGUUGAAGAUGGUCACGAGUUGCUCCUACUACAUCGAUGUGAAAAUAGGUGGAACAGUCAGUCUUUUGAUGACCGAUACCGGUACCGCCACAAAAAUGCCUACGUGACCAGUGAUCCAGUCGUGCAUCUGGAUCCAAUUACCAUGCAUGUAAAACACACCUGGGGUGCUAAUCACUUCGUUUUACCCCAUGGGAUUCGAGUAAUUCAUAAUACAGAAUCCGGAGCGCCAGAGGCUGUAUUUAUCACCGACGUGGCACUUCACCAAGUUUUUAAGUUCAACUGGGGUCAGUGGGACCAACCGGCAAUAGUUUGGGGAACAGCUUUUGAGCCUGGUUCUUCGCCCAGGCACUUUUGUCAGCCCGCCGAUGUAGAUGUCUCCAGUUUGGGUGAAAUCUUCAUUGCAGACGGGUAUUGCAAUUCGCGUAUUGUAAAGUUUGCUGCCAACGGCACUUACCUUUCUGAUUGGUCUACUUUGGAACACAAAACACCCGGUCGUUCUUCAACGGUUCGUACACUACCACCACGGUACCGCCUUCAACUUCAUGAAGAAACUCAAGACGUGGAGAGUGACGAUGUCAGCGUGAUUGUACACAGUUUGACCAUGAUUCCACCGGAAGCGAACGCACUGGAACAAGUGUGUGCAGCAAACAGAGAGCGGGCAGAAAUUGUUUGUUUCACAACAGAUGGAGACGAAGUAGCGCGGUAUGGGGGUUCCGGUCUGCUGCCGAAGAUUUAUGCAAUUUCUUAUUCCCAAAGGCACAGAGUCCUCUUUGCAGCAAUAAAUGCUGACGGCAAUAUGGAACAACCCUACAAAUCCCACGGGGUUCUCCUGGAUCCAAUACGCCCACACAGCCUUGAGCAGCUCCACACUCACCCGGAAAUGCUGACUGGCUUGAAGGAAUCCAGUGCGAUUAUGGGUUUCUUCUCCAUGCCUCGGAUAGCACAACCGCAUGCAAUGACAAUCACAACCAGUGGACGACACUUAUAUGCAGUUGACUUGGCCUCAUCGAUUGCAUUCCGUUUUGAGAUUGUCACGAAUGGAGAUAUCGCGCAAGAUUCAACCCUGGCUCGGUUCUUCCGAAAUACCGUCUCAACAGCUGGAUAUUGGGUAUCUCAUCAGAUGUCUGGUGCACAGUUGGCCGGAUUGAUUAUGCUGUUUGUCCUGCUGGUGUUCAUUGCACUAGUUGUUUGCAUACAUAUGUGCUGGUGUGGACGUCACUCUCCUGAACCGGCUAUUCUGCGAAACAGAUUCUCGCGGUGGACUGGUCGUCCAAAGAAGGCCCAGCGAGUCGGGUUUCGUCUGCUCAACCAAGAUGGGGAUCCAUCUUUUCCGGAGUCAGAUGAUGAAGAUGACCAAGAAGAUGUUAUUCUUCAGACCACAAGACACAAUGGAUUCGUAACGUUGCAGGUUGAUGCGGAACGAGGAAAGAUUACCGACAGGAAAUCUCUUAGUCAACUUGCUAGGGAUUACGAGAACAGUACGCAGUCGAACAUGCAUUCCAAAUCACACCAUGACAAGCUAAAUGGGGAUUUAACGAAAUACGUUGCUUAGAUCUGUCGCCUCAUUAUCAUGUUGCGCAUCACCCAUGGCAGAUAAUUUUUCCUGACCGAAUUCUUCGCUUUUAACACUUUUUAAAGUCUCAACUGCCGGGUAUCACAGUCCCAACAAGUUCGCCACAUUUCACAAAAAUGUUGACCUUGCUACAUCGACCUCAGUCGUCUUGUGAUAUCAUACUUACAGUGCAUUCCAAUAAACAUGAUGUGAUCUGGUUCUUACCGCGAACAAUUUCAAUUUUUUUCUCAUCACGUGCUUCUGUCCCUCAUUGUGUUGUCCCAUUCUCACCGAUUCACAACGCGCACAUUUGUACUGGUUUACUUGUCGCGUUCUGUCCGGUACUUAUUUACCUUGUCUGAUAGAUUUGCUAUUCCUAAUAUUUUGUGGGAG